AUGAAAAUAACACACUGUGUUAUAGGUGAUUGGGUUGCUUCGUUUAAUGAAAAACAAACACAAUCUGAUUAUACAUUUCACUUACCUGAUGGUACCAAGGUGAGAAAUUAUGGAAUGAUGCAUCAAAGAAAAACAUAUCAUUAUAUUGAUGCAACAAAUGAAUUACAAUCACAAAUAUUAUUUGUUCCAUAUCAAAGUUCUAAUAAAACCACAACACAAUAUGUAUGUACAAUUAUAUUACCUAAUCGUGGUAUUAAUUUGGAUGAUGCCGAACAAGAAUUAACUGCGCAAUUAUUUAAUCAAUUAAUAGAGAAACGACAACCAAAAGUUGUUGACUUGUAUUUACCAAAAUUUAAAAUGGAAUAUUCAUUUGAAAAUUUAAAAGAACUCCUUGAACAAAUGGGAAUUCAAGAUGCAUUCAAUAAAAAAUUAGCUGAUUUUCAACAAAUGACAUCGUCAUCAAAACGUGUCUAUAUCAGUGAUGUCAAACAUCAAGCAGUGAUCGAUGUCAAUGAAUCAGGCUUUGAAGCGGCUGCUGUUACCAUUAUUGAAACGAAAGAACGUGCAUAUUUUCAUUCUCCAGAAGAGGUAUUAGAAUUCAAAUGUGAUCGUCCAUUUAUAUUUAUGAUACGUGAAGAAACGUUGGAUACAACAUUAUUCGUUGGUAAAUUUAUGAAACCAUCAAAUAAAUAA